AACCAGCCCAGCCAAUCGGAGUGAGGACUGACAGGAACGACCCAAUCCUAGAGCUGGGCUGAGGGUGGGGGCGGGGACAAGUGGCCCUGGUGGACCUGGCAGUGGAGCUGUCCUGGGGGAGCUGGUUUGUGGAUGCCGCUGAUACUCUUGCUGCAGUAGUACUGGGUCCUCAGGCAGAGCAUCCUCUCCUUGAGGGGAAUCAUGAGCCGCUUCCUGAACGUGUUACGGAGCUGGCUGGUUAUGGUGUCCAUCAUAGCCAUGGGGAACACGCUCCAGAGCUUCCGAGACCACACCUUUCUCUAUGAAAAGCUCUACACUGGCAAGCCAAACCUUGUGAAUGGCCUCCAAGCCCGGACCUUUGGGAUCUGGACGCUGCUGUCAUCUGUGAUUCGCUGCCUCUGUGCCAUUGACAUCCACAACAAAACACUCUAUCACAUCACACUAUGGACAUUCCUCCUCGCCCUGGGACACUUCCUCUCAGAGUUGUUCAUAUUUGGAACAGCAGCUCCCACAGUUGGUGUACUGGCACCCCUAAUGGUGGCAAGUCUCUCAAUCCUGGGUAUGCUGAUUGGGCUCCGGUAUCUAGAAGCAGAACCAGUGUCCAGACAGAAGAAGAGAAACUGAAACUGAGGCCAACCUUGCCACCUCCAAAAUGCCAUCAUCUUCCACCUUCGCUGUCUUCGUUCUUCAUCCUCUGUCCUUAGAUCAUGUCUUUUCAGCUGUGACAUUAUCUCUUUCUUCUGGGUUCAACAUCUUAAGCCUUUGAGGUUUUUUUUUUUAAUGUUUUUAACUUUUUAAGAUAUUAAUACAGAAAAAUUAUAUAACAUGUAUGUAUAAUUUAGAGUCAUUUAAGAAAUAUUCUGUUACUCCAUCAAGAUCAAGAAAUCCUCAGAAGCACCCCCAUGUGCCCUCUCCUAACUGGACCCCCACCCCCGCCAAGGCUCCCUUUUCCAGUCUUCCACUUUUUCCUUUUAUCUCCAUUCCUUGAUUUGACUUGUGUGGUGGGAACAUGAGAACUGUGAAACUCAAGCUGCUGCCUGCCCAGAGCAGCUGCACCCAAGGGCUGCUUCAAGGGGCUGUCCACACAUACCAGGCUCCUUUCUGCUGCUGGACCCAAGACUCUGAACCACCCAAGGGACGGGCAGUUCUUCCAAGAAGGGCUGCCCUCGGUGUAAGCAGGACCAGCCUUCUCUUUUAUCUACAGGUGGAUAAGGUUAGAAGAGUCUGGGCUGUUUUUAGACCUUUUGGUCAGUUGUAUUUGUGUAAUGCGUUUUAUAAUAAAUAGAAAAACCAUC